UCAAAUCCAAUCCCUAAAAUGGAAGAAGCCAAAAGCCAAAGUUUGGAGGAAGACUUUGAAGGACAGGCCACACAUACAGGACCCAAAGGAGUAAUAAAUGAUUGGAGAAAGUUUAAAUUAGAGAGUCAAGACAGUGAUUCAAUUCCACCUAGCAAGAAGGAGAUUCUCAGGCAAAUGUCUUCUCCUCAGAGUAGGAAUGGCAAAGAUUCAAAGGAACGAGUCAGCAGAAAGAUGAGCAUUCAAGAAUAUGAACUAAUCCAUAAAGAGAAAGAGGAUGAAAACUGCCUUCGUAAAUACCGUAGACAGUGUAUGCAGGAUAUGCACCAGAAGCUGAGUUUUGGGCCUAGAUACGGGUUUGUGUAUGAGCUGGAAACUGGAGAGCAAUUCCUAGAAACAAUUGAAAAGGAACUGAAGAUCACCACAAUUGUUGUUCACAUUUAUGAAGAUGGUAUUAAGGGUUGUGAUGCUCUAAACAGUAGUUUAACAUGCCUUGCAGCAGAAUACCCUAUAGUUAAGUUUUGUAAAAUAAAAGCUUCCAAUACAGGUGCUGGGGACCGCUUUUCCUUAGAUGUACUUCCUACACUGCUCAUCUAUAAAGGUGGGGAACUCAUAAGCAAUUUUAUUAGUGUUGCUGAACAGUUUGCUGAAGAAUUUUUUGCUGGGGAUGUGGAGUCUUUCCUAAAUGAAUAUGGGUUACUACCUGAAAGAGAGGUACAUGCCCUAGAGCAUACCAAAAUAGAAGAAGAAGAUGUUGAAUGAAGAUUCACUAUGUCAAUAUCUCAUGUUUAUCCUUUAGGUAUUGGAUGAUGGUUUUGGUAGUAUCUAUAUUGCUUUAGUGAACACAGAGUAUGGGCAUGGCUAUGCUAAUUUGACAAAAAUGAUUGAUGCAACAAUCGAGUUAUUAGCAUUUCUUAGUAUUAGUUACUCAAAUUGAUACAAUGCUUGACUACAAAACAGAGCUGUCUUCAGCAACAUUAUUAGUAGACAAAGAGGAUGUGGAUAAUAUUAUGACAUUUUUCAAAAAUCCCUUUCAAGUUAUGUUUUGUCUUUUUUACUCCAUUUUCCCUCCUCACUGUUAUUAUUUGGACUUUUCAAAUUACAUUAUUCAUUAUAAUUUUCUUUGUGUAAUAAAAAUGAAAUCUCAUGAGGAAAUAAAUUUUCUAUUUGAAGUC